UAUUAGUCUUCUCGGCAAGGUACUUAGAACAGAUGUCCAAUUCGACACAGUCCGCCCCGUAAAAGAGGAAACCAUGUCGUCUGAUCCUGACAAGGAAGCGGAGAGAAAGGCACAAGCGGCCAGAGCAAAGAAGCUGCUGGCAGCCAAGCGGAAGAAGAAGGCGGAAGCCGAGGGCAAAGCUAGUCCCGCAGCCAAUUCUGUCGAUUCGGGUUCAGCCCGGCCUAGUCUCGACGAAAGACGCCCCGAGCCGGUCGCCACAGGGGCACUUCCAGAACCAGAUUCGAAAUCACCAGAGGUCAAACAAGAGGAUGUAUUACCCGGAGAAUCGACGGCAGCAGCUGUACCAGAGGCUAGCGAAACGAAACCAACCGAGGAGCUGCCUAAGCCUAGCGAGGUAUCCUCGCAGGACGAGGGAGUCGGGGCGAUUCCUGCUGAGACAGAGGUGAAAUCAGGAGAAGAGGUGGCUGAGGCUCCUGUCAAGCCUGAGGCUGAGCCCGAGCUCGAACAACCCCUUUCCAAAUCCCAAAAGAAGAAGAAAAAGGCUCAAGAAAAGCAGCAAGCUGCCCAGGAGGAAGAAAGGGUAAAAGCCGAGGAGGCUACCAAGGAGACGGAGCACAAAGCGGAGAAUAAGGAAGAAUCAGGACAGGUGGAGGAGGUGGAGGACGGCGUGCAGAAGAUCGAGGAUGCCCCCAAGAUCAACAACGCUGCGAGCAAGGAAAAGGUCGUGGCCGAGGUGCAAGGUGGGAAACCGCACGAUGCAGCAGCGGCAUCAAACGAAGCGAAGGACGCUGCAGCGCCCAAUGAAGCCACGACUGCCAAAGACGUAAAAUCUUUGGAGCCAUUGAAGGCUGUCGUCAGGGAACAGCAUCUCGCUCCUACAGCACAGCCGGACGAGCCGUAUGAUGACGUACCUGCUGCAUCAUCGGUACCGCAGACCGAAGACGCUACGAUCUCCCCUGUCUCAAGUUCAGAUCUCCGGGUCAAAGAGCUCGAAAGCGAGAAUACCGAGCUGCAACAUCGGAUAUCUGACUUGCAGGAACAUGUCUCAUCCCUCCAAACCUCUAUCACCGACCUAGAAACCCAAAAAUCUCAGCUUCAAACGGAUUCCAACCUGUUAAAGGAGGCCCAGGGUCAUAUCUCUCAACUCGAGAGGGAUCUGGCAUCGACUAAGGAGGCAUUGGAGGAGGAGCAGGGCAAGGCUCGAAAUCUCGAUUCGGUGCGAGGCGAGCUCGAAAACAGCAACACGGUACUAGAGCGGGCAGAGGGCGAGAAUAGAGAUUUGAGGAAACGAGUGGAAGAGCUGGAGAGCGAGGUGGAAAGGCUGCAAGGAGAGAUUAGAAGUUCGGAGCAACAGGAGAGUGAGAAGCGCAAGGCGCUCGAAGGGAAGUUGGAGGGUGAGAGGGAGCGAGGAGGUAUGCUAGAGGGAGAAUUACGGAAGUUGAAACAGGCUCAAGGCGAAUUGGAGCAGAAGAAAAGUGAUACCGAGUCGGAGCUCGCCAAGCUCAAAGAAGAGCAUGAGGACAACGUCAAGGAGAUCGAAGACGCUCGCCAAAAGUACAACGAGUUGCAGGAACGAUACAAAGAUGCUUCAGAACGAGCCUCUGCAGCGGAAACCGAGCUCGCUAAAGUAGAAUCGAGAUUGUCUGACGCGAGUGGCAAUGUUCAGACGACAACGAGCGAACUGAGCACUCUCAGAGAGUCCCAUGCGGCUGCGGUCAAGGAAUUAGAACAGUCGCGGUCGCAAUUGUCCAAGGAGUCCAAACGAGCUGAGCAGGCGAUCGGGCAGAAGCAGGCGCUACAAGAGGACAAUAAGGGUCUCCUCGAACAGCUGGAAGAAGUUAGGGGGAGGAUUGGUCAGUUGGCGGAGGAUCGCGAGGGUCUGGGCGAGACGAUCACCGAGCAGAAGAAGAAGAUUGCGGGGCUCGAGGGACGGAUACAGUCUAUCAAUGAACAACAUGCAGAAAUGAACGUCGAAAAAGACAUUCUGAUGACUGAACGCGAUGCGCUCGCGCAGGAAAAAGCGGAAGCUCAAGAGAAGCACCGAAACCUAUCUAAUGAUCUCGACGCGAGCAAGACGGAAGCCGCCGGAUCGAGAACACUGCUGCAAUCCUUGACGAGCGUCCUGGAACUAUCAGAAAACGAUAUGGAUACGAUAGGACCGUCCGUCAAGGAAUUGAAGGAAAAAUUACGCACCGCCGAGCAGACCAUCGCAGCUGGAUCGGCGAAGGACGAUGCCAUCGCUGCGAUGCAGUCUCAGCACGCGAUAGAUCUCUCUGAACGAGACUCGGCUAUACGUCGAGCCGAAGAAGAGGCUCAUCAGCAGACGAGCAGGGUCCACGACAUGUCCAAGCAGAUUGGAGAUCUGGAGCAGGAGUUAGCUUCACUACGGUCGCAAUUGGCGAGUCGCAACGGAGCUGUUGGAGAAAUGUCUGCAACUGCUGGAAACGCAACGCCAAGAUCGGACGGUCAACGAUCUGCGACGAUUGCGGUUCCGGUCCCGCUCCAGGUCGCUCCACCAUCGGCGUCGAUAGAUGCCUCACUUCCACCGAGUAUGCGCCACAAGAGGCAGGUCUCCCUGGCCAUGCUCAAAGCCCGCAUGAGCGGGCCCCCUUCGUCCCUUGGUGGCCGGAGUAUCGCUUCGUCGGAUGUAAUCGCAGAGGAGGACGAUCAUCUGGCUCAUUUAGGUCCGACGUUCGCGUCCCAGAUCAGUGAUGACGCGGUGUUUUGGUGUCCGGAAUGUCAUGGAGACCUGAUUACGUUGUGAGCUCUCUGGAUCCACUCCGGACCGAAGUCGCAGGAUGUGUAAAUGUAGAGCGAUAGAGAUCAAGUCGAUGUCGAUAACAUCAUUCGGUCCCCGGUUCAGUGCGCACCAAUUCGAAGCUAGCGGCUAAACAAAAGUAACCGGGGAUCCGUCAGUGCUCAAUCGAAUUACAAGCGAAACACGGGGCUUUGCGCGCUAAAGUCUGGCGUUUUAGUGCGACGUCGCAUCGAAUUGAUGCCGAAUGCAGAACUCGCCCGGCUCUCGCUUGCGUUCUCACUUGUAGAAAUAUAUAUAUAUACAACCCUGCAGCAUUGGUUUGACUGUUUCGCGACCAUCGAAUGUAUACCCAAACCUAAGUCGAUAUUUAGGCC